AGAGGAUCAUUCAGAGGAUAAUAAAUUAAAUACUGAAUUACCUGUAAAUAUAUCAAACCAUGUUUUACCAGAGGAAAUAAUUCAAAAUAUAACUGAUUCUUAAGUGUUAAAAAUACUGGACAUAUUAUACAAUGCAAAAUACAAGGCAAAUUAUGGAACUCAGUCCAUGUGAAUACAAGUUGAAGAAUUCGUCACAUGAAGAAGUAUUCCUAACGUUCCAAUCCUUACUUGAAAAUAAGGUUUUAUGUGAUAUUAAACUAGUAACAGAAGACGAUAACUUUAUAUUUUGCCAUAAAGUGGUUCUAGCAUCAACUUCUUCAUAUUUUCAUGCAAUGUUCACACAAUUUGCAGAAAAGAAUCUAAAUAGUGUUGUUAUUAAACAGUUAGAUUUUACUGACUUACAGCUCAUAAUACAGUAUUUAUAUUUUGGUGAAAUAAAAAUCUCUGAAAAAAAUGUAAAGGGUUUGUUACAAGCAGCUAAUCUUUUGCAGUUACAAAAAGUAGAAGAGGCAUGUUGUAUAUUUUUAUAUGCACAAUUGGUCCUUACUAAUUGUUGUAGUAUAAAUGCGUUAGCUGAUUUAUAUGGGUGUACGGAAUUGAAAAAUAUCUCUGAAUUAUACAUUGGACAUUACUUUUCGUAUGAAAUAUUAUUUAUUAUUAUGAUUCUAUAAGGAAACUGUAUUCAUAUUGUCAUAUUUUGAUUCUUAGGCAAAUAGUAGAAAGAGAAGAAUUCUUAUUUAUGUCGUUGGA